GACGCACGCGCGAUGCUGGCCGCCUGGCUUUGCUUGCUCCUACUGCCACUCUGCCAGUGGUGGAGGUGCGCCCGCCAGUGCCCCCACUCAGCCACUGAUGCGCUUGACCGAUAACACUGUUACUGCUGCCUGCAUUCCGCCCGGAUAGCGAGCGGCUCAAGCUUCACAUCGUCUGCUUCCUCCGGAUAGGUGGUGGUGGAUAGCCAUGGCGGUGCCGCGGCUGCUCCUGGCGGCGGCGCUCGUCCUACUCCUGCUGGCGGUGGGCGCGCUCCCGCGCGGCGCGGACGCGCAGCUCUCGGCGGGGUUCUACUCAGCGAGCUGCCCCGCCGUGCACGGCGUCGUGCGCCAGGUCGUGUCGCAGGCCGUCAUGAACGACUCCCGCAGCGGAGCCGCCAUCCUCCGCCUCUUCUACCACGACUGCUUCGUCAACGGCUGCGACGCCUCGGUGCUGCUGGACGACACGCCCGCGACGCCCGGCGAGAAGGGCGCCGGCGCCAACGCGGGCGGCUCCACCUUCGGCUUCGACCUCAUCGACGCCAUCAAGACGCAGGUCGAGGCCGCGUGCCCGGGCACCGUCUCCUGCGCUGACAUCCUCGCCCUCGCCGCGCGCGACAGCGUCAACCUGGUCCGUGCCUCUUCCCCUCUAUCCUCACAUUUUGUAGCCAGCGAUGCCGCGCCAUGUCUGUCUCCCUCUAACGCGCGCAUGCCAAUUAAGCGAGCAGCUCGGCGGCCCGAGCUGGGCGGUCCCGCUCGGCCGGCGCGACGCGACGUUCCCGAACGCGACGGGCGCGGCGACGGACCUCCCGGGCCCGGGCUCGGACCUCGACCGCCUCGUGGCCGCCUUCGCCGCCAAGGGCCUCACGUCGCGGGACCUCGCGGCGCUGUCGGGUGCGCACACGGUGGGCAUGGCGCGGUGCCUCAGCUUCCGCGCGCGCGCCUACUGCGACGACAACGUGAGCCCCGCGUUCGCGGCCCAGAUGCGGGGGGCCUGCCCGGCGUCCGGCGGGGACGACGCGGCCGCGCCGCUGGACGCGGCCACCCCCAGCGAGUUCGACAACGGAUACUACCGGAACCUGGUGGCCGGCGCGGGGCUGCUGCACUCCGACCAGGAGCUCUUCAACAACGGGCCCCUCGACGCGCUUGUGCGGCUCUACAGCGCCAACGGCGCCGCCUUCUCGUCGGACUUCGCCGCGUCCAUGGUCAGGCUCGGGAACGUCGGACCGCUCACGGGCUCCGCGGGGGAGGUCAGGCUCGACUGCAGGAAAGUAAACUCGUCGUGAUGUGCUUUGCAUCCACGAUGUCAGCUUGAUGCUAAUUCGAUGGCCGAGCACGAACGAGCCAGAUUCAUUAGCAGACUGAUAAUAGUUUUUUCUGUACCUGAACUUUGUAGAGUUUUUAUUUGUUCGGAGCUAUGUAUGCAUACAUUUCUCUUUUUGGAAAUAUACUGCGCUGCGCAUUCUUUUAUUUA